GCCGAGAUGCCGAGUGACCUCCGCAUCGGGAAGGCAGUGCUGUUCUGCUCCAACAGCGUAUUCGUGGUGGUGGGCCUGAGCGUGGUGGCGGCGGGCGGCGUGCUGCUGACCGACUCCGGCCGCGUGCUGCUGUCGCGCCUGCUGACGUCACACGACGCGCCGCGCCAGCCGCUCUUCUACUACGUGGGGCUGGCCGCCGUCUGCGCAGGCGUCGUCGUGGCGGCCGGCGGCGUGCUGGGCUGCUGGGCCGCCAGCCUGCACAGCCGCUGCUUCCUCGCCGUGUAUCUGUUUGUGCUGGUGUUGUUACUGCUUGCUGAAUGCUCUGUCGGAGUGUUGGUAACAGUGUGCCCUCGGUACCUGGGGGUUGGACUGUCUGCUGAGGAUCUUAUGGAUAACCUACAACGCUAUUAUGCCACUCCAGGAGCAGACCAGUUUACAGCAGCCGUUGAUCUGGCACAGGCGCAGCUCAAAUGCUGUGGAAUGACACAACCAUCAGAUUAUGAAAUGUCAUGGUGGAAACUGAGAGAUAUUGGUCAGAACGAGCUUAUAGUUCCGCUGUCUUGUUGUAUACUGAAAAACAAAGAUGAUCAUGGGGCAUUUCUUGAUCCUAUACCACAGAACAACUCGCUCUGCCAGUCAGUAGAUGAGACCAUCAACAAUAAAGCACGACAUACUGAGGGGUGUUCAAAGAGGCUAGAGGCUUGGCUAAAGCAGCACAGUGCUAUGUUUCUAGCUGGGAGUUUGACACUAGUACUGGUAGAGUUGUCUGUUGUCUUGAGCACUUUGCUUGUAUGUGUGAAACUGCCGCGCGAUCCAUCUCAUCUGGAUCGACCUGCGUGAAGGCGGCUAGACCUCCCAGGAUGUGACUUUACAAAUGCAGAAACAGCAUAUCCUUGGGAGGAUCGUCACUGGAGUAGAGGAAGAUGUGGAACAUUCUGCUAUGCUCCCAGUGCUGAAAUAAUAGCUCGCGUAACUGCAAAGCAGAACCCUCCCAGUGUUGCAGGUACUGACAGAAGAAGGUGGUGCAUUUAUGAGAGUGACAUUUCCUCAUAUACUGCUAGUCUGAGAUUCUUGAAUCCACAGAGUAGGCUAAAUGUAACUGAUGUAACAGAAACUGGCAGUAUGAUUUGGUAACUCAUUUCCAGAAUUACCUUAUACCGCUAAAAUAAUAUGCACUGGUUAAAAGCUACUUGUGGUACACAGUGAAAGUAGAAUAACUAGUUCAAAACAUAUGUUUUUGAAAUAAAUGCCAUACCAAUAUUGCAGUUCUUGUGUUUAACAAGAGCACAUGAUGAAUGAAGACUUUCAAAGCAAUAUAAUGUUAUGUAAAUAUUGUAGAUACUUGUAUAAUUUAAUUAAAACACCAUUUAAUAUAGACUGCUGUAGCUGUUAGCCCUGUGUCAGCUCUGUGGUUUAUGUUCCUCUGAUGUAAGAGUCAAUGUAAUGUUAUGUAAAUAUUGUAAGGUAGUGGCAUAUUUUAAUUAAAAACAAAUCUGAUUAUCCACUACUGCAGAUUUUGGUGCUUUAUUUUCGUCUGACGUCUUCAAAUUUAUUAUUUGAAAUCCUGUGAAAUACAAAUAUACUUCGCCAU